UCGAUUCAGUUCAUUAUUAAUUUACGUUCGUAUGACCGCACGACCAAAGUUGGCACUUUGGACGUCUGGACGUCUGGACUUGGCACGGAAAUUUGAGAAAUACAAGUCGUCAUUUUCAAUAGAAGUCGUUCAUCAAUAGAACGACUCAAUGUCAUGCGGCUCGCACAAAUUACGAUCUCUCAAUCACCGAUUACGUGAACGCACGCUAUGUUGUACACGCUCGCUCUGAAUUCAAACUUCCCGCUUCCCCUUCGCUCUCUACAGUUAGUGGCAACAAUUUUUCAUGCUGGCAACUGAUAACAUUAACGUUGGCACAACUGUUUGCAUUCCACAGACGAUGAGUGUUCAACGACGCCAAUUCACUGAUAGCGCAUUAAGCCGCAUGUCACCGAGCGUCAGUGCCUAACGAGUGCCCACGUAGGUGCUCGGCUUCGUAGAAUCGUGUGUCAUCGGUGACAUUGUCGACAUCAUACAAAAAGUCAACACACACAGAUUCUCAGAUAACCAUACGUCGGAGGCCGUUCGACCCAACGACAAUGCAAUAUCAGCCAGAUAUUCACACGAUAAGCUCAAUCGCGCCGCCGUCGUACACGGAAACGAUGGCGCAAAUCGCGUCACCGAACGAUAAGUCGUACGCACCCCCGUACGGUCAGACGACGACGACGACGACGACGACGACUUACGGCCAAGGCUCGCAGAUGGCCGACCAUCCGUCAUCCGUGUCGGCGAAUAAUUUUUAUUCGAAUAUCCCCAGCCAGCCGGCUUACAACCCGUCGUACGUCCCGACAGUAUCGAAUCAGCAAUAUUGCCACACUGCCGCACCCACUUUCGUCCGCGUAGAACGGGUGGAACGGCUGGAAACUAGAGACCAGGAUAUGUGUUGCGACUGGUGCAGCGCAUGCUGCAAAUUCAUCUGCAUCACUGUCGUAUUCACGAUUGUGACCAUCUACUUGAUAAAAGUGCUCAACAAAAGUCGCAACUGAGCGUGACGCUUCGUGCGAACGUAAGUGUCGCGCAUCGAGAUCGAAUUCAGCGAAUCAAGGUCCAAUUGGAGUCCCACAACACGCCGAAGAUGCAGUAUGAACAGCUGUGGCUGUUGGCACAAUGUGCCAUUUACGAGAUCAGCUGGACCGCGUACCGACAACUGAAAUCAAUAGCAAUCGAUAUCACGUGUCUACUUUCGCCGAGACGUAUACCCUCAGGUUGACUCGUGAUUAACGGCCACAAUUAUUCUCACCGUUUCCGAUCUGGAAGCUUAAUCGCGAAGUCUUCAGUCUCGAGAGACAAUCGCGCAAUUUCGUUGAGCGCACCAAAUACAGGCGUAUUAAAUAGCCUCUAUUACGUGCUCGUAAAUACUAAGUUAUUUUCGUAAAUAUGAUACGUAUAUGCGAAUACCUUUUUAUACAUCGUUACACUUUGUAUUACAUAGUCUAGAUUAAUUUUACGUGCAAACUGAUCGAGCGUUACGCGAACCAACUCGAACCAACGACAGAGAAAUAAAUGUCGGAUCUUUA